CUGUUCCGGCGCGCAGUCGCGGCGGCCCCUCGGGCGCGCCCCCGCCGGAGUCCGACGUGGAAGUUGCUGGCAGACCAGGCUUGCGAGGAAGCAACCUGGGAACCGCAGCCGGAGGCCAAGGCGAACGGAGGUGGCGGCGCGGGCGCUUGAACAGGAAUAGCUGCUGAGGCCGGGCCCUGUCUCUGAGGAUCGGCGAGGGCGGACAGGCGAUUCAUCAUGGGUGGCUUCUUCUCAAGUAUUUUUUCCAGUCUGUUUGGAACUCGGGAAAUGAGGAUUUUAAUUCUGGGAUUAGAUGGAGCAGGAAAAACCACAAUUUUGUAUAGAUUACAGGUUGGAGAAGUCGUUACUACUAUUCCUACCAUCGGAUUUAAUGUAGAGACGGUGACAUACAAAAACCUUAAAUUCCAAGUGUGGGACUUAGGAGGACAGACAAGUAUCAGAUUACAUCCUAUUGCAAAAGAAGAAGAGCUGAGAAAAGCCAUUUUAGUGGUGUUUGCAAAUAAGCAGGACAUGGAACAGGCCAUGACCCCCUCCGAGAUGGCAAAUUCACUUGGGUUACCUGCCUUGAAGGACCGAAAAUGGCAAAUAUUCAAAACGUCAGCAACCAAAGGCACUGGCCUUGAUGAGGCAAUGGAAUGGUUGGUUGAAACAUUAAAAAGCAGACAGUAAUUCAGUCCCUUCAGCUCCUCUGAAACUAAGGGUACGUCACCUAUCACUUUGGAAACAGUCAAGUGUUCUUUACACUACUAUGUUAAAACUAUAUGAUUGUUGGCAUAUACUGAACUGACUGCAGUGUUUGUAAUAAAUACGAAAAAUAAGCAUUUGGUUGGAGGGGUAACUCAAUUGAAUCACCUGAAUGUUCUGUGCAAUGUAAAAUAUUCCUUCCUUGCUUUCUUGUGUUAAGGUAUAUAUUCUAUUUGUAUGGAAUUCUUAUUCAAAUAUAGUCCUAUUAAAGAAUGCGCUCUUGUUGGGGAAAAAACCCU